AUGGCGCCCGCGCAGCUCGCGUGGCACUACCGCCCGAGUCACGCGCACCGUAAUGCUUGCAUAAUAAUAAUGACGGAUGCCGAUCGCGCGGCGGCACCUUUGAUCCGCGGCGCCUUUGAUCUCGCCGCCGGAGCCGGUCCCGCCGCCCCUGCCGCAAACGAGCGUCCGCCUCCACCUUUAUUCGGUCCGACGCCACGCACCGAGCCGGAGCCCUUCGCCCUCGAUCUAAAUAGAGGCUCUAUUUGG